UACUAAUGUCUAAAGGCAAAUGGACACAUGGCAUGAUGUGGAGACACUAUGUGACUGCAUCAACCUUUUCAGUACUUGAGGUUGUCUUGCUAGGUGCUGGCACGGUAGCCGUUCACAGCACAGGUGGCAAGCCCAUCAAAAUUUCAGCGGGAAUUUUCUAGUUCUAUUUAAAAUAGGAGUGUAGAUAAAGAGAAUCACUGGCCUGCAGCACAUAAAAUGGUCAAUGCACCAACCAAGGAAGACGCACCCGGCUGAAUUAAAUACUACAAUUAACAAUUACAAAUAGGUGCGCAUAGGAGAAAAAGAAAGAGUGACGGAAAACAGAACAGACCAAUACAGGAAAUAAUACAAAAUAAGAGCAUGAAAGCAGGAACUAAGGCUUACAAAGUGAAACAAAACAAAACUGUUGUGAAUUGUGACAGAUUUGUCCCAAAAGUGGUCCAAAAUGUUAUACCAGUAGAGGAAGCUAAAGAUGUGUUCCUUAUGUCUGCUUUUGGUUCUAUUUUUCCCGUUUUUGUUGAUUUUUUUAAUGUAAAUUUGCUAGUGAGUAAAUGUCAAUUGUAUGGUACAACGUUAUGUAGGCUAGACUUGGUUGCUUCCAUCCAAGUCCUAUUCUGAGACGCAUCAGUGGUGCUAAAUGGACCUUUUACUUCUACAGCAGGUGCUUAUGCUAAGUGCCUUGGAAUGUGUCCUGAUUUUACUUUGUGGUAUGAGAAGGAUUUCACCUUUGUACAAACCACUCUCAUUCACUCACACGUUCCAAUGAAAUCGAGUGUGUGCAAACUAGUCAAAACAUCGUACAGACACAUGUGAUGCAGGACACUUUUGAACAAGGUGGUAUGUACAGUACAGUAUCUCUGAUCCUUAGUGAAGAAAAAUGUUUCCCAACUUUCCGAAAUCAGUAUGAUGUCUAUGCAUCUGUCCAUCAUGCUCAUAAAGUAAAAAAAUAACUGACGUUUGCAAACCAAGCUCAGAGUUAGCGUUGUUGAGUGACAUCUGAUGAUUCCCCCUCCGGGAUCCUAGUAACGUAUCUCUUUCUUUGUGCCAUACGUGUUGACGCCCAUAGACCGAGAAUAGAUCCCAAGGGUCGCGGUGGUGAAUGACUUUACACAAAAUGUGACACACACACACACACAAAGUGUAGCCAAGAACACUCCAUUAAGCUGCAACCAAAGCUGUAAGCAGUACGCCGCAGGGGGAUUUGUUUGUGUGAGCGUAACCACCGCAUGAGGGCAUGCAUGUCGUCCGACUCGGGGGUCAUCAGGGCAACAUUCCCACUGUGCUGUAGAGGGAUCCUUUUCUACCUUUCCAAGUGUAAUGUCUUAAAUCAACAUGUUCUUAGUGUUAUUGAGAAGGCCUGCAUUUAAACUCUGAUGAUUCAUGAGAAUGACAUGCAGUGAUGUGCGAGUUUGAAGGGGAGUUAGUUAAGCUAUGCUAGCUAUGAAGGUCGUCUAUUAUGGAGAUUUUUGGGGGUAUAUAAUAACAUGUUUUUCCUCUCUAACAAUGAAUACUGGUAUUUUCAUAGUAAAACUUUGGAGCACGUCUGGCACCCACAUUAAAAAAAAACUGGUCACAACAUUAGGUACACUUACACAGUAGCACAAGAGCGGCAUCAAGCAUCCUGCAUGCUUGACUGGAAUCAGCGUGCGACAAUAUUACACCCCUCUCGGUAUGUCUUAAACUUCAUAAUGUACACGGUGCAUUUAACAAGACAGUUGCUGACAGUGUUUUUUGCUUUGGCUGCUGAUAUAAAGUCAGUUGGAAAACUGCUUGUCGUACUGAAGGCGGCGCUUUUGAGAAAAAUAUACUCAACAACGCUGACUAUUAAUUAUUGAUCAUUUCCCUUUUUGCCGUGUUUGCAUGAAUCACCAACUUCUCACAUCUCGUUAAAAAUGAUUAAAGAAUAAGAAAUAUAGCAACUUCUGAUCAAUCUAUGUGAAUUUCAGACUUAAAAUAAUCUUCAAGAUAAUCUAUUUUUGCCAAACCGUCUUUUUAAUAUUUUUUUUCAUGUAUGAAAAACGCUUUAUAAAUAAAGUUGUAUUUGAUUCCUGCCAUAGUAGUCUUUAUUGAGGCAAAGCAAUGCAGCCCAUCUUAUUAUUUCUCAUACGUUUUGUAUUAUUAUUAUUAUUAUUAUUGUCAAGUGACAUCACAGAAGUGAGGACGUUUCACCCUAAAUAUAUCGGGAUAUGAGUUUUUGGUCCAUAUCGCAAAAAAAACUCUAUACAUGAACAUCACCGCAUAUUGAUUUGCAAUGCUAAUUCUAUGCGGUAUCAUGCAUGGAACUGCACACAUUAAUUUAAAUGCAGUAUUUGUCCCUGCAUAAUAGCACAUCACCAUGUACUAGCUACUAAAGCCUUCACUGGGUGCAUUCACAACAAAAUAUAACUAUGUUCCAACAGCGUGCAUGUAUGUGUGUGUUGGUAUGAGAGUAAGCACAAGUGCCCUUUGGAGAGACAGUUUGUAAUCAGUUGUCAAAGUGUCAGAUGUUCUCAUUGUAGCUACUGAGAGUUGAGCUAUGUGCUGGGCAGGGGGAAAGCUCUCAGGUCCACCGGCAUGUUCAUCCAAGCAGCAGGAGUGGAUGUGAAGAACAUACAGCACAGGCACUGUUGGCUUCCAUAUACUCUUUCUGCCACAAGGUUUGUGAUCUCUCUCAGGUAAGACACAUGGUUUGACUUUGCAGUUUAGAAUUUAUAUCUUGCAGGUAAAAGCAGCGAAUAAUAAGUAAGGUAUUUUUAGUGCUUUGCUGUUGUUUUCUCGUUGAAUUUCUCCAUGACAUAUAUAAAUACCUGUAUAAUUAUCCAUUAAAUGUACUGCAAAAAAGGUCAGUAAGGAUAAUUGAUAAUGCCUACAGAGAACAUACUAACUCCUUAUUUCUAAAAUCGCAAAUACUUAAACUUGCUGAUAUAGUUCAUCUUCAAACAGCUAAAAUAAUGCAUAAGGCUAAAAAUAACCAAUUACCUAAAAGAGAAGAAAUAUGAUCUCAGGGAAGAACUACAUUUGAAACACUUAUAUGCUAGGACUACGUUAAAAAGCCAUAGCAUUUCAGUAUGUGGAAACAAACUAUGGAAUGGAUUGAGUAAGGAAGUCAAACAAUGCACAACGAUGAGCCAAUUCAAGAAACAAUACAAGCAGUUGAUGUUUGCUAAAUACAAGGAUGAAGAGUGUUGAACCAGUCAUGAUGUGCUAUAUAUAUCACUAUAUUGACACUUACUAUGGUACCCAUUAUGUCAUUGUAUAGUCAUAUCACCUCGUACUUCGGUACGGGACAAAAAAUAAAAUAAUUUUUUUUUUAAAAACCUUAAACUAUAUUAGGAAAGCAGGAAGUGAACAAAUGUAACAGUUACUGAUUGUUAAAGUACCAGAUGGAGGGGUAGGAUACUGCACAGUACAAUAAAUGUUUUAAUAACAGUUUUGUUUUAAUGACAUGUUAGCAUGUCAAUGUAAACAGAUAUUAUACAAUUAUAUGUUGUAAGUCGUAAAAACAUUUAUAAGUCACAAUGUUCUUUGUCACUGUUUUCCAUUCCAAUGCUUCGGGCCCGCAUUUCCUGUUGAAUUCUGAGAUGUUCAACAACAAAAUUUUGCAUGAAGUAAUGUGCUUAAAUUAGAUACGUAUUUUUUUUUAGAAUUUUUUUUUACUUUUUCUGAUGAAUUGUUGGCUACAAAAAAUGCAGUUCUCCUGUAAUGUUCAAAUGUUUAAAUUGUUUUUGUUUUCUUUUUUGUAAGCUGAGCUAGCAAUGAUUGAUUUAGGCCUGGCUGACAGCAGCCUGAUUGAUGAGCUGAUUGAGCUGACGGCCCAGAGCCUCGGUAAACUGGAGAUCCAAGAACACUUCAACGUCAUCAAGGAGAUCGGCCGAGGAAAGUAUGGCAAAGUGCUGCUGGUCACACAUCGCUUCAGAGGGACUCCAAUGGCCUUGAAAGUAAUGCCCAAGACUUCAACAAAGCUACAGGGUUUCCUGCGAGAGUACUGUAUCUCCUUGCAUCUGUCGUGCCACCCCUGCAUUGUGGGCCUCUUUGGCAUCGCCUUCCAGUCAAAUGAACACUACUGCUUUGCCCAGGAGCUCGUCAUUGGGCGGGACCUGUUUGCUGUCAUUCAGCCUAAGGUGGGCAUCCCUGAGUCCUCCGUUAAACGUUGUGUCCUCCAGAUUGCCAGCGCUUUGGAGUUCAUCCAUAGCCGGGGCCUUGUCCACCGAGACGUCAAACCUGAGAACAUCCUUCUGCUGGAUCAUCACUGCAGCCAGGUCAAGCUGGCAGACUUUGGCCUGGCCCAGAAGAAGGGCACUCUGAUCAGCUACAUUACAGGGACCCUUCCUUACAUGGCCCCUGAGCUUUGCACCGUUGCUUUACUGGAGGGCCAGAAAGAAGUCACCGCUCCUCCGCUGAGUGUGGAACCAAGUCUGGACACAUGGGCUUUUGGGGUGGUUAUAUUCUGCAUCCUCACGGGAUACUUCCCAUGGGACCGUUGCUUGGACUCAGAUGACUUCUAUAAGGAGUUUGUUGACUGGUCCAAUUUGGGAGACAGUGCCAACGCAGAGGAUGACAUUCCACCUCUGUGGAAAAGGUUCACUCCAGAAGCCAUGGAGUUAUUUGGAAAACUCUUGGCUCUGGACGCAGAAAAGAGGUCUACUGUUGGGGAGGUGAGAGAAUAUAUGGAGAAGGCCUGGCUUAAAACGGAACAUGGGAUGGAGCAGCUUCAGACAGAAGAGAAAGAAUAAUUUUGGACCUAAAAGAAGAUGAUGAGCGAGUAGACCACUAUCUGAUCUGUAUCUGUUCAACCCUCUAAAUUGUAUCCUUACUCAGAGUUAAAGCUGUAGAAGUUGCUAUAUGUAUUUUCGUUGUUUUUAAUGAACUGUGUGAAGUUGGUGAUUCAUGCAAAUAUUGCAAUA